UUGAAUCACAGGUGAGAGGUGUCCAGGUAUAUAUCAUUGUAUUUGAAUACACUAUUUACUGUUAAUGGUAUACGUUGGUUUGAACAACGUACUUAGAAAAUAGCAUAUGCUGUAAAGUCAUCUAUAGAGAUGCAAUAUUCAUGAUGCAAUCGAAUGAAUAUCGCACAACAGAUGCAAUUACACAAUCUUCGGAUUUGAAAACAAGAAAACAGUUGGAAUCGGAAGUUUUAGAAUUGAAAAAGAGAGUACAAGUGUCAGAAAAAACUUUGAAGAAUGUGGAAGAACGUUAUCGUCUUCACACUUCGCAAACGAAUCAAUUGUUUCUGUCAAUGAAGAACCGAAUUAGGAAUCAAGAGGAAGUCAUAAAAUAUCUAACAAAGGAGCGUGAUAUUCUAGUUAAAAAUUUCAUAUCCAAUUUACUUCUUUUGGAAUCGGGUUUAAGAAAAGAACAGAAAGAAAUUCAAAACUCUUUAGACGAUAAGGAUCGAAUUAUCGAACGUUUGAAUCGUGAAUUACAAAAUAUUAAAUCUACCAAAUGUAUUAAAGUAGAGGAAAGUGAAUUAUGUGGAAUCAAAUCAAAAAUAAACGAUGCAAUUUCGGACGAUAUGCACGAUAGUGGAAUAGAGAUGACAACGGUUUUAGAAUCGACAUCGCAAAAUCAAUUAUAUUUUAAAAAUUCGAAUAAUUUUCAAGAUUUUCAUGUUGAUUCCGGUAUCAAAGCUCGACAUCUUUAUGGAAGUUACGAAAGAUUAACUGAAAUUGGUAUCAAAACUGCAAUGGGAUGUUAUAAUAGACUUUUCAAUAAUCAUAGAUCGGUAACGAAACCCAGAGACGUUAAACAGAGGAGGAUUUUUCGACGCGGAUCUGAUAAUAAACAGAAAACUAUUUAAUAAAAUUUUCCGCAUCUCUAGAGCGAAACAAACUGUGGUAUAUUUAUUAAGUUCCAUGUCGGUAAAUUCUUGAAGGUUCCUAUGUAUUAUGAUCGUCUACCCGUAUAAAAAAAGGUGUGGAGCUUACUAAUGCAAAUAUGAUUUUAAGAUUUCAU